CGCGCCCCAGCCAUCGCUAUCGCGCUCUCCUCUGACCACUCAUCCUCGGCGGUGUCCUUCCUUGGUUCCCUGCGUACUCCAUCUGGGAAUGAGCUCGAGCUGAGGAGCUCAUGGACACCGAAUCUGCACCUCUGCCGCGUACCCGCUCUCGCGGCAAGUCCCACUCCCGGGUUCGCUCUCAUGCCGCCGUCCGGAGGGACUACCUCAUCGGCAUUCUCUUGCUCUUAGUGGUCGUUGUUCUAUGGACAUCAUCAAAUUUUGUCACGCAGGACCUGUUCGAGGAUGGCUAUGAGAAGCCGUUCCUCGUGACCUAUCUCAAUACUAGUGCCUUUGCACUGUACCUGUUGCCAUACGCCUUCCGCAGAUUCUAUGCACGAAGCUAUCAGAAGGGCGGAAGCGGUGGCAGCCGGCAUGACGGAUACGAACCACUUCUGACGGACGUAGAUGCGGCAGAGACGUUGGCCGUUACGAAUCCAGAACGAAGCCUCGGGGAAGAUGUCUCCAAGCCUCUCACGACCAGGGAGACGGCCCAGCUCGCGGGGCUGUUCUGUUUCCUAUGGUUUAUCGCCAAUUGGACAGUCAAUGCAUCGCUUGACUACACGAGCGUGGCAAGUGCCACAAUCCUAUCCAGCAUGAGCGGGUUCUUUACUCUGGGCAUCGGCCGGGUCUUCCGCGUGGAGAGCUUGACAAUCGUCAAGAUUGCCGCCGUGUUUACCAGUUUUGUGGGCGUAGUCCUGGUAUCGCUGUCUGACUCCUCGCAGCCGGAGUCAUCGAUGCCUCCCGGCCCUCCACCAUCGGCCGCCAUGGCGUACCUGCCAUCUGCACCGAUAUUUGGGGACGCGCUAGCGCUGCUCUCGGCCCUCUUUUACGCCCUGUAUGUGACUCUCCUCAAGGUCAGGAUCCGGUCCGAGGAGCGGAUAGACAUGCAAGUGUUCUUCGGCUUCGUCGGCCUCUUUAACAUCCUCGCAUGUUGGCCGAUCGGCGUCGUACUGCACCUCACUGGUGUGGAGCCAUUCCAGCUGCCCAGCACGAGCAAGGCCGUGAUGGCUCUGCUCAUCAACAUGGCCAUAACGUUGUCGAGCGACUACAUCUACGUCAUUGCGAUGCUCAAGACUACGCCGCUGGUCGUCACCGUGGGCCUUAGCCUAACCAUGCCCCUGGCCGUCCUGGGAGACUUCGUCCUAGGGCGGCCGGCGCGGGCACAGGUCAUGCUGGGCGCGACUGUAGUUAUAUUCAGCUUCCUCGCUCUAGGCUUCGAGGACUCUCGUAAUGCUGAGGACAAGGACCUCAUCGCAGGGACCCGGUUAGACUCCGAGGCGGAGGACGCAGCUGUGCGGUUAGAGGAGGAAGAGGUGUCGUUGUCCGAUUAACGCACUCUUGCUGUGUUUAGAUAUUUUGCUUAUGUGUAUUGUUGGGCUAUGCCGUGUUCAUUUAUAUUCCUUUGGGGCGUGAUGGGUUAGAUCGAAUCGGUAGACCACUGCUGUUCAGGUUGAUGAUGAG